GUCAAGUAAUAUAUAUACAAAUACUUUAUUUGGUAAAAAAACAAACAUUUCUAAAAAUUUAAAAACUUCUGAUUGAUCGGGAUCAAAAAUGCGUAGAAAGCAAUCCAUAAGGAAAUCUAAAUUUUCAAAAAGAAGAGUGCGUAGGGGUUAUUACGGCAAUCAUUUAGGACGUCAAAUGCGUUCUGAUAAACUCCCGGAAAUGACGUUAUCUACAAUUAAUGCUAAUGAUUGUAGACCUGAACCUUUUAUAUAUAAUAUAAACCCAUUCUCAAAUGUUGAAUCACCCUUUGCAAAUUCAGUUUCAACAUACGGUGAUAUGACAAAUAAUUAUGCAGAAAAUUUGUUUUUCCCAAUGGAGAUACUAUACCCAUUUAAUACAAUCACACAAAUAGCAUUCUCCGGAAAUGUAACUUUACCCAUAGAGAAUAACAAAGAGAAACUUGAUGAAGUCGUCCCAAUGGAAAUAGAUGAAUUCUAUGAUUAUCCAAAUAUGAUGGAAGUGAAUGAGGAGUUUACUUUUGGUAACGGUACUAACGUUUCACCAAUAUCCUCUAGCGCUUCAUUUUAUUCUCAUGGCGAAACUCAGACGUUCACUCAAAAUAACUUCCAAAAUCGAUUAAAGAAAAAAAAAUCUCGACAUAAUAUCCAGAAAUGUCCAUUCUGUAAAAAGAAAAGGAGAAUCUAAGUUAUGACAAAUCCCAAAUCCGCAGUCAUAUAGAUGUUAAUACCAAGAAUUUAGAAUCUACAUCAAAUCUCAAGUAUAGUUUUAAAAAGAUUAUUGAGAGAAGCGAAAAAUUCUAAAUCAUUUUAUGAAGAUUUAUAUACAAUAACUUUUGAAAAAGUGCGCUCAGAAGAAUUGGAAGCUACCUUGGUAUGAAAAUUGUUAGAGUUAGAAAAAUUAUAUCAUAAAUUCAAAAUCAAUAUAUUGUAUAAUGGUUUUUAAAACUACAUAUAAUAAAUA